AUGGUCGUGCUCUCGGUGCCAGCCGAAGUCACGGUGAUCCUGCUAGAUAUCGAAGGUACCACCACCCCGAUUGCUUUCGUGAAGGACAUUUUAUUUCCUUACAUCAAAGAAAAUGUUAAAGAGUAUUUGCAGACACAUUGGGAAGAAGAAGAAUGCCAGCAGGAUGUCAGUCUUUUGAGGAAACAGGCUGAAGAAGACUGCCACCUGGAUGGGGCUGUUCCGAUCCCUGCUGCAUCUGAGAACGGAGCAGAUGACUCGCAACUGAUGAUCCAGGCCGUGGUAGAUAACGUGUGCUGGCAGAUGUCUCUGGACCGAAAGACUACGGCACUGAAACAGUUGCAGGGCCACAUGUGGAGGGCAGCGUUCACAGCAGGGCAUGUGAAAGCAGAGUUCUUUGAAGAUGUAAUUCCAGCAGUCAGGAAGUGGAGAGAGGCUGGAAUGAAGGUGUAUAUAUAUUCUUCAGGGAGUGUAGAAGCACAGAAACUAUUAUUUGGGCAUUCUACAGAGGGAGAUAUUCUUGAGCUUGUUGAUGGUCACUUUGAUACCAAGAUUGGACACAAAGUAGAGAGUGAGAGUUAUCGAAAGAUUGCAGACAGCAUUGGGUGCUCAACCAACAACAUCUUAUUUCUGACAGACGUUACUCUAGAGGCCAGUGCUGCUGAGGACGCAGAUGUACAUGUGGCUGUGGUGGUGAGACCUGGCAAUGCAGGACUAACAGACGAUGAAAAGACUUACUACAGCCUCAUUACGUCCUUCAGUGACCUGAACCUGCCCUCCUCCACGUAG